AUGUAUCAGAAACACAACCAUUCAAAAACCUGCAGAAAAUACAAAAAUGUUAGCUGUCGUUUCAAUUUUGGACAAUAUUUUACUAAACAUACUAUUGUGGCUGAACCCCUUGAUGUGAAUCUGGAUGAUGAAAGUAAGAGCAGUAUAUUAAAUAGACGUAAGGAAAUACUGUGUUCAGUUAAACAGAAAAUUGAUGAAGUGUUGAAUCCAUCAAAAGAAAGCUAUGAUGCCACUUUGACAGAGACAGAUAUUCUAAAUUCAGUUGGGAUAAGUGAAGAUGAAUAUUACUGGGCUUUAUCCAUUUCACCUGAUUCUGACUUUGACUUACAUCUUAAUAGACCAGUAGACAGUUGUUUUAUUAACAAUUAUUUUGUUGCUGGUAUUAAGGGAUUUGCAGCAAAUGUUGAUUUACAACCA